GGAGCGGCUUGAGGUUGGUGGGUAAUGGCGGGGCGGCGUCUCCCGGAGAUGUCCCAGAGGAAGCGCAGCAGAAGCUCCGGCCUCACCCAGGGCGACGAUGAGGAUUUCAGUGUGCUGCCCACACAAAGCCCCAGCCAAGUGCAGAGGAACCUGGAGAGCCGCUCCCAGGAGGAGAUCGAUCGGAAGGUGACCGAGCUGGUGCAGUUCCUGCUUGUGAAAGACCAGAAGAAAAUCCCUAUUAAAAGAGUAGACAUCCUGAAAAAAGUCAUCCGUGAAUACAAAGAUGUUUACUCAGAGAUUGUCAACCGGGCAGGCAGG